AUGAGUCAUAUUUCGGAAGUGGUGGCGAGAAGCUUUUGGGGCAAUUCGGAUUGUGAUUUUUCUUUUUCUGAGUCGGAAGGUAUGUCGGGCGGAAUCCUUACUUUGUGGAAAGCUAGUUCCUUAUCGGUGGUGUUGAGUUUUCGUGGGCCGGGUUAUCUUGGUGUCAAGGUUAGUUGGAGGAAUAAAUUUUAUUAUUGUAUUAAUGUUUAUUCUUCUUGCAACUUGUCCUUGAAGCGUUCAUUGUGGAAGGAUAUGGUAGAUAUAAAGGAUAAAUAUAAGGAUGGGGAUUGGUUAUUUGGAGGCGAUUUUAACGCUAUUAAGAAGAGAAGUGAGAGAUUCAGAACUUCUAUUUCGGCUAAUAAAUUGGAAUGGAGGGAGUUUUCUAAUUUCAUUGAUGAUUGUGGCAUGAUAGAUGUUCCAUGCAAAGGGAAAAAAUAUAGUUGGUUUAGCGCGGACGGAAAAUCCAAGAGUAGGUUGGAUCGCUUCAUUCUUGAUGGAAACAUUGUUUCUUCUUGGGGAGUGGUGGGUCAAUUAAUUGAGCAAAGAGAUGUGUCGGAUCAUUGUUCUGUGUGGUUGGUUGUUGAUAAGGAGGAUUGGGGUCCGAAACCGUUCAAGUUUAAUAACGAAUGGUUCCAUAAUAAAGAUUUCAUGCUUUUUGUUGAGGUAGAAUGGAAGGCGAUUAUAGUUAGUGGUAGAGGAGAUUUUAUUUUAAAGGAGAAAUUUUGUAUUAUAAAGGAUAUACUCAAGUGGUGGAAUAAAGUGGUUUUUGGAAAAUAUGAUUUGGAAGUGGAGGAGGGGUUAGAGAAUUGA